AUGCGACACCAAUGGCAGAAACAGAGCGGAGCAUACUUUCUUACGCAUAUGCACGGCGACCACAUCAAGGGCCUGGGAAGCACCUGGUCUCGGGGGCCCCUCUACUGCUCCCACGUGACCGCUCAGUUGCUUUGCGUCCGCUUUCCCGGCUUCAGCAAGGGGCUGCUGCGCCCCUUGGAAGUCGGUGUUCACACCAUGGUCGAAGUUUGGGGCAAGCAGCAGCGACAGGAGUUGAUGGAGGUCACGCCCAUCGAUGCGCACCACUGCCCCGGCUCCGUCAUGUUCCUCUUCCGGGGCAGCUUCGGCACCCGGCUGCACACCGGCGACUUCCGCUGGGACGCUUUUCUUCCCACAUCUAGUUCCCCCGCCCCUUCCCCCUCCCGCCCCCUUCCAGAGACCAGCAAACUAGCUCUCACGUGCUCAGAAGGUUGCGCCGACGAGGCCGCGCGGCCGCUGACGUCAGGACUGCGUCAGCUGCAGGAGGCCCUCCAGGGGCGUCCGGUUGACGUCCUCUUUUUGGACAACACGUAUUGCCAUCCGAUGUACUGGUUUCCCAACCGGGCGGAAGCACUGGAGCAGGUGUGCGCGAUACUGGAAGCCCACCCGAGACACCAAGUACUGAUUGGAGUCGACUCCCUGGGCAAGGAGGACUUGUUAGUGUCAAUCGCCACCAGGCUCCGAACCAAGAUCGCCGUUUCUCCCGAGCGCCUCGCCUUCGCCCGGGUCCUCGGCCUGCCGGACGUCUUCACCCUCCUCCCGGGCCCCUCCAUCUACGCCACAGCCCCACCGUCCGCACGGUCCGAACCACUCAAAGCCUCCGGUUCCUCCGCCCCUUCUGAACCGUCCGACGCUUCCCCGACACGGUCCGAACGGUCCGAACCGGUCGAAGCCUCCAGAACGUCUUCCCCAUCAGAACCGUCUGACGCACUCCAAUCCUCAAACGCGUCCGAACCUUCCGGACCGUCCGCAACCUCCGGGUCGGGUCAUCCUGCAAAGCCGUCAACAUCGGAGCCCUCCAGAUCAUGCGGACCGUCCGAUAGUGCCGAACGCUCCCAACCGCUGGAACCGCCUGAAGUGUCCGAAACAGCUCGCCCCCGCAUCUGCGCCGUCCCGCGCCGCAGCGUCAACUUCGACCACCUGCGCGUUCUCAACGCGCGCGCGCCCACCAUCGGGAUCGUCCCCUCAGGCUGGCGGAGUCUCGACCGUCAACCGGGCGAACCAAACCACCGGGGGGCCGUACCGGGCCAUGGGAAUCGUGCGCCUGGGAGCAGAGUCAGCGGCGGUACCGCCCAGGUUCCCAUUCCUGGUUUUGGUAACCGGGGCUGGCCUACUGAGGGUGUCAGCAAGCAAAGGCGUUCUGACGAAGCGGAGGAGGAAGGCAGGGGGUGCGGAACUUUUUCGAACGAGGAGCAGGCAGAAUUGUUGCGGAGCGCGAUGCCGGCUGUGACGCCUGCAGCGGACGUGCUGACGUCGGCAAGGGAGUGUUCUGGAAUUGAGGGCGCGGCGCAGGAUAUUCAAGAGCGGCAUCUCCCCAGUUCACGGCGAAAAGGCGCGGUGCAAGUUCAGGGCGCGGCAGCGGCCGCGAGGGAACGCCUAAAGAAACCCCUGCCUGAGCCCAGCGCCCCCAGGGAGCCGCUUCUCUUUAGGGUUCCCUACUCGUUGCACUCGUGCUUCGUGGAGCUGGACGCUUUCGUGCGGCUGGUGAGGCCGAGCGUCAUCCGUCCGAUCGCCGGAAAGGACCCGUACGGUUUGGACACGUGUCCAAACGCGCACUUCGGGGAGCUGUGCAAGCAGUGGGGUCAGGGGCGUGGUUUGCAAGAACCCCACCCGGUUUUGGCAGAGGUUUCGGCUAACCCGGUGUGUGCGGACGGAGUUGACAGGGUCGGGUUUGUAGACGACGGGGAAGACGCCCUUGUGCUGAGGGGUAAACGGAACCGGAAACGGAGCGCCCUUCCAAAGGUGCGCCGGGUCGUGAUCAGGAGCAAGCGCUUCCGAGUCUGCUCGAUAUCCCCGCCUAAAGCAUCGGCAAGCGUUGCGCCAAAAGCCGCGGACUUCGCGACAUUCGACGAAGGAACGGGGCCGCUUCCUGAGGAAAGAGGCGGACUGAGACCUGGGGGACUUGGCGCUCUGGACAGCGGUGUGAAUACUCUCCUGGACGAGCAGGAUUUGCUGCGGGGGCUAGCCGGGGAAUGGUCGUCGGGGUUGCAUAACAAGGCUCGGCUCCGAGCGAGUGCGGACACGGACGCAGCGUGUUUAGAAUGGGACGUCCGGCGGGAAGUCAAGCAAGAGGAGUUCGGCAAAGGGGUGGCUGCACAGGUGUCAAGUCCGGAGAGGAACUUGCAACGCUCCGAGACUCAGGUCGGCAGCAACGAACAGUGUUUGAGUAAGAACGAAGCAGGUGGUCUGGCGUCUGUGUUACCGGAUUGGUAUAUUGAAGCUCAUGACAGGUGGAUUGCGGACGCGAGUCGUGCUGACACGUGUUGUGAGUCGGCUGCAGCGGCGGCCGGCUGUAAGGGAGAUCUAAAAGCGCAUACGGGGCAGCACAGAGGAUCCAAGUCCUCCAAGCGAACACUCCCCAGAUUCUUCAUGAAAGCAGGGCAGACUCUUGGAAACUAAAUACGACUUACUUGACGUUGACUUCAUGGCGGCGAUUGCCUGUGAACUGUUGACCCUUAAAAAUGCAUAAUCGGCCGCGCUUGGUUCCAACGCUGUUAGGUGGC